AUGGGAAGCAUUGCCGUCGAAAGCAGCGCAUCCUCGCCAGCCCAUCACGCCCGUCUCCUCAGCAGACAGAACCAUAUCACCAACACGGCUGGCCUCGCACCGGGCUAUCUCCAAGCCAAUCUUCUCAUCCUCCCGUCCAAACAUGCACAAGACUUUCACAAUCUCUGUCUCCGAAACCCUGUUUCCUGUCCGCUCUUGGGAAUCACUCUAAACGGUGAUCCCCAUUCAGUCCGUCCAAAAGGAUGUAUCAAAUCCGCCGAUUUUGACAUCCGCACCGACUUUCCCGCGUAUCGCGUUUACAAGAAUGGGAAAUUCGUCAAGAACCGUCGAGACCUCACUGAUGUCUGGACAUCGGAUUAUGUCGGGUUUCUAAUCGGCUGUUCGUUUUCAUUUGAGGAUGCUCUAGCCGCUGCUGGCUUGCAGCCUCGUCAUCAGAAAACCGGAACCAUUGUUGCCAUGUAUCGAUCCAACAUUCCCCUUCUCCCGGCAGGCGUAUUCACCGGCGGUAAAUGUAUCGUAUCGAUGAGACCAUAUAAGCCAGAAGAUAUCGAGCGGGUCCGGGAAGUGACCAGGCCAUUCUUAUCGACACAUGGUGAACCAGUAGCAUGGGGCUGGGAUGGAGCAAAGGAGUUAGGCAUUGAGAAUAUUGGAAGUCCGGACUUUGGCGAGCCGCAGGUCUUUGAGGAUGGUGAGAUUCCGGUGUUCUGGGCUUGCGGAGUGACGCCUCAGAUGGCUGUUGAGUCUGCUGGAGACAAGCUCGAUGGGCUUGUCUUUUCCCAUGAACCAGGUAACAUGCUGGUGACUGACUGGACGAUUGAUGAUCUCGAAAGGUUGAAGGGAAGCAUCUAA